UUAUCGAAGAUUCACCUCAGAAAUAUAUGAUGAUGUAAAGUUACUUGUAAUAUAUAGUAUACGUUCUGAUACAAUCAUUAAAGUUUUACAACAUAAAAAUUCAGAAAAAUAUAUUCAUGACAAAAAUAUUUAUAACUUGAUUAGUUCUAUUUGCCGUCAUCAAAUCUAUUCUAAAAGUAAUACUG